CUGGGUGAUGCCGAAACAGGAACUUGGGUGCAGCUCGCCCUCGCAGUCCAGACGGGAGUGUGCAGAGCGAGGCUUCCUGUCCAAGAUGUGGAAGGCGGCAGUGGGCCACAAUGUGUCCGUGAAGGUGGAGGCUGAAGGAGACGACUGGGACACAGACCCCGAUUUCGUGAAUGACAUCACGGAGAAAGAGCAGAGAUGGGGAGCGAAAACUAUUGAAGGCUCUGGACGCUCUGAGCACAUUGACAUCCACCAGCUGAGGAGCAAAGUCUCGGAAGAACACCAUGUCCUCAAGCGGAAGGAGCUGGAAACGGGGCCCAAAGCGUCCUAUGGCUAUGGGGGAAAGUUUGGAACCGAGAAGGACCGCAUGGACAAGAGUGCGCUGGGCCAUGAGUACGUCGCCGAGGUCGGGAUGCACUCCUCUCAGACAGACGCGGCCAAGGGCUUCGGAGGGAAGUACGGGGUGCAGAAGGACCGAGCCGACAAGUCAGCACAUGGCUUUGACUACAAGGGAGAAGUGGAAAAACACGCCUCACAGAAAGACUACGCGGUGGGCUUCGGUGGGAAGUUUGGCGUGCAGAAGGAUCGUCAGGACAAGUCUGCCUUGAGCUGGGCGCACAAGGAGGAGGUGGCACCCCACGAAUCCCAGACAGACUACACAGUAGGCUUCGGUGGGAAGUUUGGCGUGCAGAAGGAUCGUCAGGACAAGUCUGCCUUGAGCUGGGCCCACAAGGAGGAGGUGGCGCCCCACGAAUCCCAGACAGACUACGCAGUGGGUUUUGGUGGGAAGUUUGGUGUGCAGAAAGACCGUCAGGACAAAUCUGCCUUGAGCUGGGCACACAAGGAGGAGGUGGCACCCCACGAAUCCCAGACAGAUUAUGCCCAGGGCUUUGGGGGCCGCUAUGGCGUGCAGAAGGACAGAGUGGACAAGAGCGCUGCCGGUUUCAAUGAGAUGGAAGCCCCAACUUCCUCAUAUGAGAAGACCAAGCCCACAGAGGCCGCUUCUGGAGGUGCCGGGAGCCUGAAGCAACGCUUUGAGAACAUGGCCAAGUCAGCGGAGGAAGAGAACCAGAAGCGGGUGGAGGAAGAGCGCAGGCGCCGCCAGGCCCGAGAGCAGCGGGAGAGCCAGGUGGAUCAGCAGGAGCAGAAGAAGGUAACCCAGAAGAGCAAAGAGCCAGGCCAGCCGUUCCCCAAACCAGAGCUCUCACCUGGACCCAUCAAAGUGUGCCUAGAGGCGAGCUUGCCACCUGCACCACCAGCAGUGCCCCAGGGAGCAGCAGAGGAGGAAGAGGAGCGGCCUCCUGCCCUCCCCCCGCGCCAUCUGGAGUUGGAGGAAGCGCCCAAAGCCCCCGCCAUGCAGGCCCUACUCGAGGUGGAGAGCCCAGAGGGUGGCAAUGAUUACGAGGACAUUCCUGAGCCCCCCAGCUGUUGGGAGGAACCCCCGGACCCCAAGGAGGAUGCGGGGGACUAUGAAGAGAUGCCAGGGCCUUUGGGGGAGGUGGAACCCAUCUACGACGACUCUGCCGACCUGGGCCAGGAGUACGAGGAGAUCCCUGACUUGAAGCCGGGCAGGGGUGCGGCUGCGCCCCCUGGAGGGAGUGAGGGACCCGUGUACGAGGUGGGCGAUCCGGGCUUGUCGGCUGUGGCCCUCUAUGAUUACCAGGGAGACGGGGACGACGAGAUCUCCUUCGACCCUGGCGACACCAUCACCCACAUCGAGCAGGUGGACGAGGGCUGGUGGCGUGGGCGCUGCCAGGGGGCCGUGGGCCUCUUCCCGGCCAAUUACGUGGAACUCCUGAAGUGAGAGACUCCGCCUGCUGCGCCCUCCCAACUACCCCCACGAGACAGGCCCCGAUCCUGCUUUGC